AACCACCUUAAGUGUACAAACUGUAUUAUUAUCAAGACCCAAAUAACAGAGGAGUGCUAGUUAUCUUUACGUAGCGAGGAUGAAUACACAUAUUUUGGUUUUGCUCACGGCAAAAUUGGUUAUUUCGACCAACACAUGCAAUGAAUGGGUAUCGACCGCUCACAACCUCUGGGUUGAAGUGAAGGACUCUAAGUGGGAAAACAUCUACAUUUUUUUCAUCACCGAAGAAAAGAACACUGACUUCAGCAUCACAUUUUCCGAGCCAUUUAAGAGAAUUGACUUAAGCCUACAGGAAGCAUAUGCAUACUACUUAGGGACAGUAAACCAUAGGGGUACUAUCGCUGGUGACUGUGAAUCGUACAGUCCGUCAUGUAAAACUCAUUUUAAUUUUGGGGACACAAGCCAUUUGAUAGGUAAAUCGGGCUUAAGCAGUUUCCGUAUUUCAAGCCGGUCAUUGGUCUACUACCUGACAUGUAGAUCUCUUGGGUAUUUUCCCGUGGCGCCAGUGCUGAGACAGAACUUCAGUCCUCCAGGCGUGAAACCUACAGAGCCACAGCGGAACCUCAGCCUACCAGGCGUGAAACCUACAGAGCCACAGCGGAACCUCAGCCUACCUGGCGUGAAACCUACAGAGCCAGAACAAAGCCUUCCAGGCGUGGGACCUAAUCAAGCCAGACACCAAAACCAGUGUGCCGCCCAGACCAUUGGGCUCGGGGUCGUAGGGACGGCGCUACUGCUCGUAUUGGCUUUCGUCUGCGUCGCCGGUUGGAGGGCAAGGCGGGCAGGUGAUGGCAUCUGUCAAGAGGAGCGGUUUCAGCGAUUUUUCUUGUAUCUGCAGCAGUUUUUCUUGUAUCAGCAGCGUUUUGUUACUAGCUCUGUAUUUACAUCUUUAAAGUUUGAAUUUGCUACUACAUGUCCACACCUUUAG